AUGGAACUCAUCGAGGCGGAAACAAAUAAGUUCGCCGAAAAUAAGAUUUCGGCUUAUUUUGAGACUGCGGCAGAUUUACCGCCGAAAAGCCGGCUACAUCAGUGGUCCGAGACCACGGUAGCCGAGCUCUACAGAUUAAUCGCGGUGAUGAUAUUGAUGGGCAUGUGUGUACGGGGUCGAGUAGAUGAAUACUGGAGCACCGGAACCCUGGGCAUGCCCGGAUUCCGGACCAUAAUGAGCAAGGACCGCUUUCUGCUCCUAAUGCGGUUCCUACAUUUUGUAGACAACGACAGCAUAAGCUGCCGUGGUCCCGAGCGCAAGCUAGCAAAAAUUAAGCCGGUUUUGGACCAUUUAAACGCCGCGUUUAAAGCCGCUUACACGCCUCGCCGAGAAGUCAGCAUUGACGAAUCGUUGCUGCUUUGGAAGGGUCACCUUAGUUGGAUCCAAUGCAUUCGCACCAAAGCAGCACGAUUCGGCAUUAAAAGCUACGAACUGUGCGAGGCGGUAACCGGCUACGUAUUAAAUAUAAUUAUUUAUACCGGGAAGGAGGACCGACGUGGUCGGAACUUUGAACCGCCGGCGUGUCGACUGUCCUCCGGAGAUCAAAACUUUGCAGGAAAAAACGGGUGCAAAGAGGCGCUGUGGAAAGCCGACACUGUGGUGACGUUUCCGUUGUCGCGUGGAAAGACGUAA